UAGGGGAAGAUGAGACCUGUGUUCUGUGGCAACUUUGAGUAUGACGCUCGUGAAGGUGAUCUUGAGCGCCUUUUCAGAAGAUACGGCAAGGUCGACAGGGUUGACAUGAAAGCUGGGAUUUUUUUCUUGUCGAUCUUGGGAUAUGCCCAUUCUCAGCCUUUGAUGGACCUGUCCCCCCCCCCUCCUCAUCCGCAAUAGCACACUACCUUCCCAUAUCCUCGACUUAGUUGCAUUUCAUUCCCCCCACCUCGUAGAAUCAUACCAACCUCUCACCGCAGCUCAAAUCUGGAGUAUGCACCACCUUAUUUCUUCUCUCCACGAUUCCGUCUAAUGACCCUCAACGUUUUCAGUUGACAUAUUAAAUCCCAUAAUGCUAAGGGUUUGCUUUUGUCUAUAUGGAAAACGAAAGGGAUGCUGAAGAUGCUAUCCGAGCGCUUGACCGCUAUGAGUAUGGCCGUAAGGGACGCAGACUCCGUGUUGAGUGGACUAAGAAUGAGCGUGGAGCUCCUACAAGAUCAAGUGGUUCAAGGAGAUCAUCAAGCCUGCGUCCUUCCAAGACUCUCUUUGUCAUCAACUUCGACGCAGAGAGCACUAGGACCCGUGACUUGGAGAGACAUUUCGAGCCGUAUGGAAAAAUCGUUAACGUUAGGAUCAGAAGGAACUUCGCAUUUAUCCAAUACGAGUUGCAAGAAGACGCCACCAGAGCACUUGAUGCUACAAACUCAAGUAACCUUAUGGAUAAGGUGAUCUCAGUGGAGUAUGCAAUGAAAGAUGAUGAUGCUAGAGGAAACGGAUACAGCCCCGAGAGACGUCGUGAUAGGUCUCCCGAUAGGAGAAGGCGAUCACCUAGUCCUUACAGAAGAGAGAGAGGCAGUCCUGACUACGGCCGAGGUGCUAGUCCUAUUGGACACAGAAAGGAGAGGACUAGCCCUGACUACGGCAGAGGAAGACGCAGCCCGAGUCCUUACAGGAGAGCCAGGGUUAGCCCUGACUACAAGAGGGAUAAUCGGAGGAGGGAGAGGGUCGAUAGCCCUGAUUAUAAGAGGGAUGACCGUAGGAGGGAGAAGGAGGCUAGUCCUGAUUAUAAGAGAGAUGACCGCAGGAGGGAGAAGGAGGCUAGCCCAGAGAACGUAGCUGUGAGGGACCGUAGUCCAAGAAACGGACAUGGUGAAAGCAGGAGUCCUCCUCCGUAUGAGAAGAGGAGGGAGAGGGAGAGGUCAAGGUCUAAGUCUAGCCCUGAGAAUGGUCAAGUAGAAAGCCCUGGACCGAUAAUGGAAGAAGAAGAGGCUGGAAGAGGAUAUGAUGGUGCAGACAGCCCCAUACGCGAGAGCCACUCUCGUUCGCCUCCAGCAGAAGAAUGAUGUACGAGCAAACAGAUGAUGAUGUCUCUCUCGCAAAGUAGCUGUUGUGUGAAGUCUUUGCUAUGUUACGUUUAGUUUUUAGUGUGUGCUUUUGAGUCUUUGUUCUAGUGCCUUUGCAAACUUCAUUUACAUUUUGUUGGACUCAUUCGAAUUCGAUCAUUGUAGUAUUGGUGAAAACUGCACUUUACUUCGGAUCACUAUUUCUCAGUAGAUUGUUUUAU